AUGCAACCACUCGUGCUUCAUCCGACUAGCGUUGCUCCCACCCAUUUUGGACAUUCAAGGUAUCAUUCGGGCCCCGAGCGGCUAUCGGUGGAUCAGUCCUGGUCUCUCAAUGCUCGUGGCUACCCUCCUCGGGCUUCUUUCCCGCGACAACUUAUGUCUGGCUCGCCGCCGGCCCCAGAGCCGAACACGAGGGUCGAGAUCGAGGGUUCUACUGCAUCGUCACUACCAGGGACGUCAUCGACAAGCAUAGCGGGCAUCCUCGAGAGCACGGCCCUGCCGUUUGAUAGCUCGAUCUUGACUUUUACGACUCCAUCUUCAACCUCGACUUCAUCACUGCCUGAUCCUCUGUCUUCUUCGAGGCAGACCUUUAGGCCCACCGACGCUGCUUCUCAUUAUGGAAGACCGGUGCAAGAAGGGUCGCCGUCAGCCACGUUUGGCGCCACCUUGUCUCAACCCUUGUCAAUCGGCUCCCCGUAUUCGAUUGGUGCUCUCGGAUCACCCAUCGGCCUGCCGGGAGGCAGUCCUCUUGUGCAAAAGCCCACAAGACGCGCCAAAGCACAUGUAGCAUCCGCCUGCGUGAAUUGCAAGAAAAAGCAUCUGGGAUGUGAUGCAGCUCGUCCAUGUCGGCGAUGUGUCCUGGCUGGCAAGGCUUCUACAUGUAUAGAUGUGACACAUAAGAAGCGAGGACGGCCACCAUUGAAAGCCGAGGAUUCGUCAUUACGCGCCAUGUCCAACGUCCAAAUGGAGAGCUUGACUGCAGCCACAGAGCGCGAACCAGCGACAACGAGUACUCCUGCAAGGACCCUGGGUCAUCGUGCGACGUUAUCUCGAGAAAUCAGACCAAUGCCAGAUCUUCAACGACUGAGCCAACGCGUACAACCAGCUUUUACCUCGUCAAUGCGAGCAUCAGAAGGGCCGCAAAGUCAGUCGCAGCGUUGGUCUGCGUCAGUAUUUCCUUUGACUCGCCCGUUAGAGUCCCCCCGCUCGACAGUGAGCGCUUUGGAACAAAGACCAGUGUCUUCUUCAUCUGGACAGUCUACCUUGACAACCCCAACACGUCCGACUCCCAUACCAGCUUCUAUGGUCAACGCACUCCGCCCUCAUCUUCAGCCAGGAAGCGCGGUAUCGGCACCCGACUACACGUUUCCCAUGUACUCUAGUCCGGUAUUUGCAUCUUCCGCCUCUCCGCCUAAGUAUCAACUUCGGGAGGGGCAAUAUAUGCCUGGUUCGACCGAGCCUCGUCUCGAUUAUUCGCAACAGCCACCACUCCCCCUCCUCCUCCUCCUCCUCCUCCUCCACCACCACAGCAGGCGGGCCACAAUCGGGGUCUCCCCAGUAUCCGAGACCAUUACCAAGAAUCACCCGUACGACUACCACCAAUCCGUCCAACCACUACCAGCCCCGGGUCACCUGCAUAUUCACAUCAUGCUCAUCGAUUGA